AGAGCUCACGAAAUCAUCACAGCAAAGGAGAAAAACAAGAACAUGAGCGACCUGGAAGAUAUCGGCCGUCACAUGAAUGACAGAAUUUCAUCUCUAUGGCGCACGUUGGAUCUUUCAGUUGUUGUGCCUCAACUACCCCAAAGUAAUAUUAAGAAGUUGAUUCAAGAAGUAUUAACCAUAGAAGGCCUUUACCAUGAGUUUGAGAAAAGUGUGGAUCGCCAGAAUGAGCAACUGAAAUGUCUUCAAGAAUUUGUGGGGUCCUUCCAACAUGAUUGCGAAUCAUUGCAACACCUUAAGGACAAUGUUCCUAUGCACAUGCCCAACAGGGAAAAUGAACCUUCUCCAAAUCAGAACAUUCCAGCCGAGACCCAACCCGGCCAGCAAGGAAAUCCCUGCAAAAAGAUCCAAGUCAAACAAAUGGAGUUUGUUACAAUGCUGGAGUUUGAAAACAUCCCUCAGUACAUGAAGGGGCGGUUGACGUACGAGCAGCUCAACACGGCGGUGCGUAAAGUCAACGAGGCGGUGAGUGGGAAGUACAAGAUCACGCGGCAGUCGACCAAGAGCCUCAACAACAACACACGCAAACUCUACCAGCGCUUCAAGGAUGAAGAAACCAAAGACACAAAAGGUCGGUUUUUCGUGGUACAGGAAGACCUCCUUGAGUUCAGCCAGAUAAAGAUGGACAAGAGGUUCCAGGGCAUCCUGAGUAUGCUGCGGCACUGCCGUCGCCUGCGAGAUAUGCGUGGAGGCAGUAUCACACGCUACUUUAUCUUGUAGAAAGUCUGCUUGACAUGUGAUUUAGCAUACACAUCACAUACAAUCUUUAGAGUUGUUUAUGAAUUCACAUCAGAGUUGAAAGAUUGUUUUGAAAAGGAUCUUUUUAGAGAUAUUUCCAACAUUGCUUUUCAAUACAAACAGGAAGAGUAUUCAAAGCUUUGAGAUUAAUAAAACACAACUUUUUCCCACUUCAAUCUAUAUAAAUGUGUUUUUCAAUUUAAGAAAUGUUUAAUAAUUAAACUGCUGCAUCAAAUGUU